AUGCCUCCUCCCCGUCCAAGAGUAGUAGAACCGGUAUCAUCGACCAGAGACUCAUCGAAGGCUCCCAACAGCUGCCAUUCAGCAGCUCAUCUCCCCCGGAAGCUUUUCAAUGGCCCGGCAUCAUCCCCUCAAGAUCGGGACACUGAAUUGGAUGCUUUUGACCUGGAACUACUAGCAUCAGAAGAUAGAGAGGAGCCAAUUCAAGAUUCAGGAUUUGGAGUUCCAAGAUCUACGCCGUUUCAAGCGUCUCAUCAGCCUGAUCUAAAGCCACCACAAUUCUCUCGUUUUUUCCAACCGAGCUCGAGUACCGUUUCUUCUCACUGGAAUGCGCCUAGUUCAUCGGACUCUGUAUUGGGGCCUCCAUCCAGCCCAUUGGCCUUGUUCCAGCAGAAGAAAGAUGGCAUACGGAUGGGACAGCGCAGCCUCGAGAUAAACCGUGGUCCAUACCAUGAUGAGACUAGUCAGUCAUCACCUCAGGAAUCGAUCGCCCAGGCAAGCUCUGAGGCGUUGACUGGCAACAGACAACGCCAAAACCCAUUCCUUAAUAUACCACCCUCUGUGCGGGGAAUCGUUCUUAUAUCAGUGAAUGACAUAUCAGAGAGUUAUCGCUCGAUUUUUCCCUUUCCACUUCUAAAUGCAAUUCAAUCCAAAUCUUUUCACCCCGUUUACAAUAGCAAUGACAACAUCGUCCUGUCUGCACCAACCGGCAGCGGUAAAACGGUGGUUAUGGAAUUGGCCAUCUGCAGACUCCUGAACACUCUCAAAGACGAACGAUUCAAAGUCGUCUACCAAGCACCCACCAAGUCCCUCUGCAGCGAGCGCUUCCGGGAUUGGCAUACCAAGUUCGCCAGCUUGAAUCUCAAGUGCGCAGAACUGACUGGAGACACGGACCACAUGCAGCUGCGCAACGUCCAGAGUAGCCAGAUUAUCAUCACGACACCCGAGAAGUGGGAUAGUAUGACUCGGAAGUGGAAAGAUCAUAUGAAGCUGAUGCAGCUCGUGAAGCUCUUUCUCAUUGACGAGGUGCAUAUUCUGAAGGAGACGCGAGGAGCUACACUUGAGGCUGUGGUUUCGCGUAUGAAGAACAUCGGAUCGAAUGUGAGAUUUGUGGCGCUGAGUGCUACUGUCCCCAACUCCGAGGACAUUGCGACCUGGCUUGGGAAGGAUGCGACAAACCAGCAUAUUCCUGCGCAUCGGGAGCAUUUCGGCGAGGAGUUUCGUCCUGUUGCCUUGAAGAAGGUUGUCUAUGGGUAUCCGUCUAGCUUGAAUGACUUUGCAUUUGAUAAAGUCUGCGGUUCAAAGUUACCCGAGGUGAUCGGAAUGCAUUCAUGCCAGAAGCCCAUCAUGAUAUUCUGUUGCACACGGAACUCAUCACUCGCUACGGCAAAAGAAUUGGCUCGGCUUUUUACAUUGACGAACCCACCCGCCAGGCUUUGGAAAGAACCUAAGAAGCGCCUCGAAGCUCAUAACGAGGACCUCAAGACAACUCUCGCUGCUGGUGUAGCAUUCCACCAUGCUGGGUUAGGUCCUGCUGAUCGCCACACUGUUGAGGCGGGAUUCAGGGAAGGCAAUAUAAGCAUCAUAUGUUGCACCUCGACACUUGCGGUUGGUGUCAACCUGCCUUGUCACCUCGUGAUAAUAAAAAAUACUGUCAGUUGGCAAGAUGGAGGGUGCAAACAGUACUCUGAUUUAGAGGUGAUGCAAAUGCUCGGCCGCGCGGGCCGGCCUCAAUUCGAUGAGAGUGCGACAGCGGUCAUUCUGACUAGGAAAGAACGUGUAGCACACUACGAGAAGCUUGUUCAGGGGUCUGAGAGCCUGGAGAGUUGUCUGCACUUAAAUCUUAUUAACCACCUCAAUGCUGAGAUUGGAUUGGGAAACAUUUCGGAUGUCGAGUCAGCUAUAAAGUGGCUGGCUGGAACAUUUCUGUUUGUCAGACUCCGUCGGAAUCCCACCCAUUAUAACCUCAGAGAAAAUGCAAACCAAGAAGAUGAGGACGAGUUGCUUCGCCAGAUCUGUGAGAAGGAUAUCGAUCUUCUUCGAAAAUGCGGUCUGGUUGAACCUGAGAGCCUUCGUUCGACCCAGUUUGGCGAUGCCAUGGCCCGGUACUACAUACAGUUCGAGACGAUGAAAGUUCUGUUGUCGCUGAAGCCAAAGGCAUCCGUGUCUGAGACUCUCAACGUGAUCGCGCAAGCGGAAGAAUUCCGUGAGAUCCGCCUCAAAGCCGGCGAGAAAUUGCUCUACCGAGAGAUCAAUCGCGACCCAGGGAUUCGUUUCCCGAUAAAAGUCGACCUAGCACUCCCAGCCCACAAGAUCUCACUCCUCCUUCAAUCCGAGCUAGGCGCAAUCGAGUAUCCCGAUAACGAGCAAUUGCAAAAACACAAAUUCACCUUUCAGCAAGACAAAGGCCUAGUAUUCACGCAUGUAAACCGACUAAUUCGCUGCUUGAUCGACUGUCAAAUUGCCGGCGGCGACUCAAUCGCGACCUGCAAUGCCCUUGAACUUGCUCGGAGCUUCGGAGCAAAAGUCUGGGACCAUUCGCCUCUCCAAAUGAAGCAGAUCGAGCAAGUGGGUGUUGUUGCAGUUCGGAAGUUGGCUGCUGCUGGGAUUACCAGUAUUGAAGGGCUAGAAUGGGCGGAGGCUCAUCAGAUUGAGAUGGUUCUCAGCAAGAACCCGCCUUUCGGGUCAAAGUUGCUCUCAAGAUUGAAGGAUUUUCCGAAACUGAGGGUUUCUGUGAACAUGCUUGGAAGGGAAGUGAAAAUUGACUGUGUCAAGAUCCGGUUCAAGGUUGAAGUCGCAUUCAUGAACGACAAGAUCCCGACAUUCUUCCAACGUCGCCCGGUUUAUGUGUGUUGCUUGAUAGAGAGGUCUGAUGGCUACAUGAUUGACUUUAGACGCACAAGUGCGAGCAGGCUCCAGGAGAAAUUGGAGAUUAAUCUCACAGCGGACUUGACAAAUGUGGAUCAUGUUAUUGUGUGCCAUGUUAUGUGCGAUGAAAUCGCGGGGACAGCGAGACAAGCUGAGCUCAGACCCAAUCUGCCGUCUCAUCUCUUUGCUACUGUGCGAGAUAAGAAUGCCAAUAUCCAACAGAUUGAGCCCUCGAACCUACCAGUUCGUCACAUCAAGGGAAACUUGAAUCACAAAGUAACUAGUAUCAAGGUCAAGCCUCAACGGGAGAGAGAUAAUUUUGAGGGCAAUGAACUACAGCGCGAUUAUUUCCUUGUUACGAAUGAACGCCGUGGCAAAGAAACGGAAUCUACAGUCACACAACAACCUCGACUUUCCGAUGACUUUGAGGAUCUAGAUUGGUUUUCAAUUGAUGAAAGUCCACCGACUCCAGUCAAGAAAGUGACAAAGGCCACAAGUCCCCGAGAAGAUGACUGGGCAGUGAAUUUGGAUGAGCCAGAGGAUGAGUUUGAGCCCGUCAGACUUGCAAAUGGCAAAUGGGCUUGCAAUCACAAAUGCAAAGACAAAACAAGCUGCAAACAUUUCUGCUGCCGCGAGGGCUUAGAAAAGCCCCCGAAGCCCCCAAAGCGGACCAUCCCCGCGCCUCAAAAGGAAGCUGGUCUCAAUCAACUGACAAUCUCCGCCAGCAUCACAAAAGCGACUCCAACCAAAAAUUCAAGUUUGGGAAAUCAAGUGAUCAAACAACGAAUCGCAAAACCCAAGAAUGACGAUCAUGUUUCAAAAGUCAAAGUGUCGACCUUGCAAGCUGAAAAGAAGAGCACAAGUGGGGAGAAGUCUGUGCUUUUGGGGAGGGACAAGAAUAUUCCUUCAUAUAAGAGAACGCGGGAAAACAGUUCGGCGAAACCCCUCUCGAGUGAUUAUGGCGAUGAAAACUUUGAUCUCCCCUCGCCAUCACGUCUUCUCGGAAAUAGAGGAUCGGGGUUUGCAGCAUCAAUUUCUCCGGUGGUGCAUGAUGACCCGGUGAAGAAUAUCGCACAUGUUCCGGGUAUUAAAAGAAAACAUAGAGACCCCAACCCGCCUGCCUCAGGGUUACAGCUCCCUCAAAAAGACCAAACCAAGCUACCAAACUCCAAAACCCAACACGAGAUAAUCGAGAUCCCGGAUGACACACCACCGGAUUCAACGGAAUUGCCGAUAGCAGCAAACAAAGACUCUCUUGUCAAGCAGAACACAUUGUCUCUCGCAACAAGAACAGACCAGUUCUCCAACCCGAAACGAAAGGCGAGGGAAGACGAUCAAAAGGAAGAGCAGAAAAAACGGGUGAGGCAGGGACCCUUGGUUUCAGAUUUUCAGGUUCUCGCUUCAAAUUCUUUGAACAAUGAACAAACACUGAGUCCUGGGCAACCUGCAUCUCCUAUUUCGCCUGUGGUUGGCAGUCGGAUGGAUUUGACUCCAGGAUGGGACGACAAUGGUAUCGAUCUGCUUGAUGAGUUCAAGGAUAUUAUUCGAUUUAUUUAG